AUGACGACCAGGUCUACACAACGGGGUCAUGUCGCCGUCGACCUCUUUCACGGAUGGUCGACUGACGUAGAGCCCGGAAGCAGCAGUAGUGGUAGCAGUAGCGCAUCCACACUACACAAUGACGCGGACCUCAUCCAGGACCAACAUGACUCUCCACGAUCGAUUACCGACACCGCACUACGUUUCCAGACCAUUCUCUUUCCGAAGCGAGACCACUCUUUCGCCGUCUCACUGUAUACCGGCUGCAAGGACGAAGAAGAAUUGGAAAAGCAAGAAGUUGAACGGUUCAAGCGUCUGCCUCCCUCCAAGCGUCCCGGUGUGUCUCACGCCAAGAAAACACCACCCGACCACAUUAAACGCCCUCGCAACGCCUAUAUCAUCUUUCGAUCGCACACCGUUUCGCAAAAGCUCAUCCCCAAAGAGGUCGAGAACGAUCAUCGCAACAUCAGCCGCAUCAUUGCACACAUGUGGAAGAGCCUGAAACCCGAAGAUCGCGCGCACUACGAGCAGAUUGCCAAGGAGGAAAAGGAGAGACACAAGCAGCUGUUCCCCAACUACCGCUACCAGCCCAUCACGCGCCGCGCCGAGGUGAACAAGCGCAACGUCAAGAAGCUCGAGAAUGGCGACGAGGAGUGCCAGGAGAUUGCCGACAUCAUCCUCAAGGCGCAGGGCAAGGAGGGCGUCGUGGUGAGAAGCGAGCCGUCUAAGCAGGUGAAAAGGGUACGCGAGGCGACGCAUCCCGCUUUUGCGCGCGAUAAAUCGGCGCCGCGAAGGAAACGAGCCAAGGUAGCAGAGUCCAAGAAGAGCGAGCUUGUAUCUUUUGGUACUGCAGAGCAAGCACUAGAGACGGUUUUUCUGCAUACUUCGCCUUGCAAUUCGACUACGUCAGCCUUUGGAAGCGAUGCCGGAAACGAGUCGGCGCCAGUCCCCUCGCCAGAGCCGUUUCGGCUUGCCUCGAGAACGUCCUCGGUCGAUCUGGGCCAGGCGGCAGCUUCGCCAGAUACGAAUCCUGCCACAUCAGAACUUUCCGGGCGUCGAGCUUCCUCGGCGCCCAUCCUGCGACCCGGCACUCCUCCGUCGUUUUUCGAGCCCGUGGUCUUGGUCAAUGAGCAAAUUCCAUCGUCAACAGACUCGCUCAGCGUCGAAGGCAAUGAGCUACGCUCCGAGACAGCCUUUGCGCAAAUCGAUGGAUCGCAAUGUGCCACUAUGCCGGCGCCAUCAUGGAAGAGCCGCAAGCCUCUGCCUCCGCCCAUCCCCAACACGUGGCAGCUGUGCUCGUACGACGACCAGUCGCUGCCUUCGCCUCGCACGAUCGACAGCUUUGCGUGGGGAAACAAGGCGACCGCCACGCGCCCACGAACCGCGUGGCCCUCGACGCCGAGCUCGGGCACUUUUCGUGACUUCUUCCACCCUUGGGCAUUCGAGCAUGCCAACGGGUCGAUGCUCGUCUCGCCGAUGACGGCGACGUUUCAGGAUCUGCGGCGUCGCAGCUCGCUGGUGCGGUCGGGUCUGCUCGCCGCUCGACGCCCUGGCUCGUUUGGCGUGGACGCGGAAGGCACGGAAAAUUACGCGCACAGUCUGCUACCCACGUCGGGCCUGCGCAUAGCGGACGCACAGCUGCUUGACGAGGAGGCUCAGGCGGCUGGCGAGCGGCUGGGGUCCGAAGCGGGGGCGGUUGAAAUGGCCAACUUUGCCUUUGAUCCUGCGUUGGAGGGGGAAGGCUACGAGCCAGCUGUGGCCGAUUCUACAACAACUCCGGCCUUGCGAGGGGAGCAUGCCGUGCAGCAUGCGUGUGCACUUCCGCGAAGUAAGCCGGACAGUCCACGGCCUUCAUUUUCGGGCAGCACGCUGGCUGCAGCAGCUCGAGACUGGGCUAGCAUGAAGAGGCGUCGAAGCAGGAUGGCGCAGUCCACUGUUGCACGUGCUCUCAGCGAAUCGAUGGCCACGUCCAGCGGGUUUUCUGCCACUUGUGACGGAAGCGACGAUCCCGUGCAGCGUGAAGCGGACAAGUCUGGACGGUCCAAGAUUAGCCUGGAGGAGUCCCUGGAGCGCGCAGUCAUGCUGGCUCUCGGCAGAGAUCAGGGACAUGCUUACGAUCGCGGCGAGCAGAGCUCUAAGAUUGUCCAGCAGAUCCUCAUCUCGCUCAGUGCGGAGCUGGGGUUUCCGUCGCAGCAGCAGUCUGCUUCGGCGUAG